AUGAACAAAAGCAACUGGCCAAGGUACUUGUCACUUCGUUUGGAUGGUCAUUUUCAGGGCAGUGGCGUUGGUUACCCACCUUGGAAUGCUUUUGUUUUGCAAUUACCAAUGUGGCUUGGUCUUCUCGACGGCAUGGAUGGAAGAGUUUUACGAAAUUCUAAGGCCAAAAUACUAAGUGAAGUUCUUUCUCCCUUUCGAUCUGCCCGGAUGUUCUUUUAUCUUACUUUCAUUGCAAGUGCUUUUCUUGGAGGACUGAUAGCUUUCACACAAUUAAUUGGGGCACUGGCCAAUUCAACAAGAGCAGCUGAAGUUCCUGACAUCAUCACGGGUCUUGGCACAGAUAUUGCAGUCUCUAUAUUUGCGUUUCUUUAUUACAGAUAUAACAUUUCUAAAAAUGCUCAGUUGGCUAAACUUUCAAGAGAGGAAAAUAUUGCAAACCUUAAGCUUCGUAUGGAUGAGAAGAAAAUUCUUCCCGUCAGUGCUUUUAGAGGAAUUGCUCAUCUUGUCAUUCGUGCUGGUCCUGCAUCUUUCAUUACUGAGCCUUUCAAACUCAGUGAACCUUUUGUCGAGGGCCUUAUGGAAAGAGUGGUAUUUCUUGUCCCAUUUGCUACAGAUGGAAAUUCAGCUGUCCUUGAGUUCGAAGAAAGUGAAGAGAUGAAGGAAAGAACUUCCAGACAGAAAAGGCUAUGGCAGUCAUCACCUGUUUUUGAUACCGAGCGGUCUAAGUAAGGAAUGGGGAAAAAGCUUCUCUAACUCUUUCCUUGCCCAACCUUCCUUCUCUGAUAUCAUCAAUAGCUAUAUAUCAUGAACUUUGUGUCAUCGAUAACUGGUGGUUAGAUGAACAAAAGCAACUGGCCAAGGUCUCUCCUGAAUCUCCAGUGUAAGUAAUCCGUAAUUUUAGCCUGCUCUUUUCCUAAACAUUAGGAUUAUAAAAGUUCAACUUAUGCUGUGAUCAAAACAUACGGAUUUAGGUUGCAAUUUAAAAUUGGAGAAUUUGGAAAAAUGA